AUGGGACAAACUGGCGUCCAACUAGGAAAUUCAAGCUGGGAGUUGUUCUGUUUGGAACAUGGAAUUCAACCUGAUGGUUCCUCGGCAAUUUAUGGGGACCUAGAACCCACUGUGAUAAAUGAGGUGCGGGAAGGUCUCUACAAGGACCCGUUUCAUCCGGACAUGUUGAUAACUAGCAAGGAGGAUUCCUCAAGCAAGUAUGCUCGUGCACGCUAUAUUGUUGGGAGAGAGAUCCUCGAACUGGUGUUGGAACGCAUCCGUAAGCUGGCACGACAGUGCACGGACCUGCAAGGCUUCUUGAUUUUUCACAGCUUAGGCGGAGGCACUGGCUCCGGCUUCACGUCAUUGCUUGCGGAGUAUCUCUCAGCAGCGUAUGAGAAGAAGCCAAUACUUGAGUUUACCGUCUACCCUGCAUCCAAGGUUUCUACCGCCGUUGUGGAACCCUACAAUGGUGUCCUCACCACACACGCAACUGUGGCGCAUUUUGACUGCACAUUUAUGGCGGACAACGACGCUAUAUACAACAUGUCUAAACACAACUUGUACAUCGACUGUCCCGUCUACACGAAUUUGAACAGGUUCGUUGGACAGAUUGUCUCUUCCAUCACUUCGUCCCUGCGGUUCAAAAGAGAUGUCAACGUAGAUCUGACAGAGUUCAAAACCAACCUGACGCCUUAUCCUAGGACGCAUUUCUCCCUCGUCGCCUAUGCUCCCGAGAUUUCGGCCGAGAAAGCAUACCACGAACAGCCAACAGUGUCAGAAAUUACCAAGGCCUGUUUUGAACCAGCCAACCAGCUGCUGAAGUGCGAUCCCCAUAACGGUACGUACAUGGCCUGCUGCCUGCUCUACCGAGGCGAUGUUGUGCAAAAGGAGGUGACUGCCGCCCUUGCUACCCUCAAGACCACGCGUACCUUUAAGUUUGUAGACUGGUGCCAAACUGGUUUCAAGGUGGGUAUCACCAACCAGCCACAUAAUGUAGUCCCAGAGAGCGAAAUGACAAAGGUUCAUCGUACAGUUUGCACCAUGUCUAAUACCACAGCCAUUGCUGAAGCCUGGGCCUGUUUGGACUACAAGUUGGACUUUUUGUAUGCAAAGCGCGCUUUCGUGCACUGGUAUGUGACAGAAGGUAUGGAAGGGGAAGAAUUCUGUGAGGCACGUGAAGACUUGGCUGCCCUGGAGAGAGACUACGAGGAUAUUCGUAUUGGUUACGCUGGGGAAUCUGGAGAAGACAGUGGAGAAGAGUUCUAA